UUGGCCAUAUCGCAGCAAACCUCCCUGGUUACAAUCCCCCACCAGAGAGAAAAAGACUGCAGACCUGUAAGCACAACCAGCAUGUAACAACUUCCCUGCCUAAAAGGCUUGAUAUUCUGCAAGCAGAGGACAAGGUUUUGCCGAGAGGGAAAGAUUUUCUUGAAGCAGAAGACUGAAGGACCAAGCUUGGCAAGGAAGGGAUGGAGCAGCAAGCAAUCUCACCGAAGUCUCCUAUAAGCACAUAAGCUACUUACAGAAGAGGGGACCUCUAAACUCUUCAGCAGGAUGAACAAGACCACGGGGGCCUCUGAAAGCCCAGAGCUUUGGAGCCCAGAUCAUGUGCAGAGCACCUCCUUGACCAGUGUGGCACCACCAUUUGGCCAGCAGGCCACAGACAAAGCCCUGAACGUGAUCCUUAUUGUGGUCCUCUUCAUCAUCAUGGUAUCUCUGGGGUGUACGAUGGAGAUAGCCAAGAUCACAACUCACCUCAGGAAACCCAAAGGCGUGGCGAUUGCUGUAAUGGCUCAGUACGGCGUCAUGCCCCUGACAGCAUUCCUGUUGGGCAAGCUCUUCCAGCUGGAUGCCACAGAAUCCCUGGCCAUCCUCAUCUGCGGCUGCUGCCCAGGGGGAAACCUCUCCAACAUCUUUAGUCUGGCACUGAGAGGGGACAUGAACCUCAGCAUUGUAAUGACCACAUGCUCAACGGUCCUGGCAAUUGGACUAAUGCCUCUGCUUCUGUACCUUUACUCGAGAGGACUAUAUGAGGGUGAUUUGGAGGGCAAGGUGCCUUACAAAGGAAUAAUCACCUCCCUGGUCCUAAUGCUAAUCCCCUGCGCCAUCGGCAUCAUCUUGAAUGAGAAGAAACCCCAGUACACUGGCUUUAUCAUCAAGGCAGGGAUGGUUGUGCUUCUGCUGUCAUCUGCUGCAAUAAUCGUUCUGUCUGUGGCCAGUGUGGGAAGCAGUAUCAUGGUCGUCUUCUCACCAUCCCUCCUGGGAUCUUCUGCCUUGAUGCCUUUUAUUGGAUUCCUGCUGGGCUAUGUUCUCUCCGCAGUCUUCAAGCUUAAUGACCGGUGCAGGCGGACAGUGUGCAUGGAGACCGGCUGCCAGAACGUACAGCUUUGCUCCACCAUCCUGAAGGUCGCCUUCGCCCCAGAGAUCAUCGGCCCCCUCUACUUCUUCCCGCUCCUCUACUUGCUGUUCCAGCUGGGAGAGGGACUUCUGCUCGUUCUGGUCUUCAGGAUCCAUGACGGACUAAAGAAACCGAGUGAUGCAGCAGAGAAGACGCCCGCAGCUGCGGGCCUGGCUACUGCUCCAGAGAGGAAGCCACCGGCCAGACCCUGCAGGAACAGUGGGGAACCAGGAACACACCACAGACAGGUCCUGCAGCAGCCGCUGCCACCACCCCUCCACGCUCUACCUCCUGCAGCCAGCCUGCGGGUGUGCAGCAGCCCCGUGUAAGGCUUUACACACUCAUUUCACGACAGAGAAGGGGACCCCCCCAGAGCCAACCUGACCCCCACUGUUAUUUCCCAAAGACCUUCCUCCAGACGGAACCUCUCCCUGCCUGCCCAUGAAGGAGACUUCCAGUGACUUCCAAGUCGUUGUGACAACCCUUUGGGACAGCUUAGGGACACGCUCCCAAGUGACUCCCCUCAGUUUUGCACAUAUGCAAAUCACUGCCCCCAUUUUUUAAUUUCUCUUACCUGUAAUUGUCCCGCUGGCACGUGUGGGAAGCAGCUCUCAAAGACAACGCUGAAGAUUCAUGUAAUUUCUUUAACCUGAAGUGAGGUGUGAAAGCUUCUCCGUGGAGGUGCCACCAAGACUGAUGGUAUAGCUGAGCAGCCCACGGACUGCUGAUGACUCCUGUUCUCCAAACCCCACACACACCAACCAGCAGAGCUCACAAAAACUCAACACAGCUGUGCAAACUGCCCAACUGCAUCACGUUUGGGCCCAGCAAUCUGGACCUCUGGAAAGACACGGGUCUUGAACUUGGUAAGCCUUGCCUUGUAGGAGUUGGUGAACGAAAUGCACCACCCCUUCAGGACACCACCUAGCUCCUGUCACCCCACAGAUGAGGUAAGACUGACACGAACACCUCUGAUGUGUAACCUGAAGUGAUCCACCUGAACUGAGAUGAAUAAACAGGCUGGUACCAAGAACCUCAGCUUCAUAAACAUGGAAUCAUUUCUGGCCAGAAGUCAAGGUAACCCUCCGCGAUGCAAAGGCUGGGAGUUUGUUUUAAACAGAACCUUCAUCAUCUCUCCAGAUAAAAUGCAGAAAUUUAUUCACGCCUCUUGCAAGGCAAGUGGUGCGGUCUAGAAACAGAAUUUGGAACAGCUAUUUAUAGAGGAGGUAGUGCUUCGUAUUUGGCCUGAGGGAAGAAGUGUCUGAAAUCCCACCCCUUUCCAACCAUCAGGUGCCUUCAGCCACCUGGGUUCCUGUUGGAGCCAAGUCCCACUUGCACACAGAUGUCCUUGAUCAUUCACGUAAGCAGAAAGGAUCAGCUGACUUGAGGAAAGGGAGCCAACCCUACAGCCAACACCGCCUUUACCCCCAGAAGUUAAAGCCCUCUCCUUCCACGCCUCUUAAGGUGAUCCAGCAUGUGAACCACUGACCUCUGAGAGGGAAGCCUCCCCCCUCCCCAAAGCUGAUUAGUAAUAAUCCAAUUAACUGUGUACCAAUCCAACCACCACUGCCUGCUUCUCCCCUGUUUGACAUGCUGCCACCCUAAAGGACAGUUUCCCAAGGCACAACAGCUCACCUGGAACAUGCUUCAGAGAACCCUGCACCAGUAGAGGGAAAAGGCAGCAGGGUCUGCAGAGAUACUCAGUGACCAAAUUCCCCCAAGGCCAGACUUCACUCCCAACAGAAGCGCCUUGCCAAACCUGACUGAGGCCCCCGAGAUCUCUUCAGAGGUGUUGGUGGGUUACUGGAGUAGCUUUGCAAAGCAGUUUAUGAGAAAACACGUUAUCUUUUACAUUAAAUUCUAAAGGUCUCUCUUGCAA